AUGGACUGUCUGAUGUCUAGGUGGCUUCUCAAUUACACUCCCCAAGCAACUCUCAUCCGUCUAUCAACUGUUAAUUGUAUCAACAUCUACAUGAUCAACUGGUCGUUGAGACUUUCAGGAGCAUAUCUAGAUCCUAGCUUGUUACUUAUAGCAUGGAUUAUUAAUGCAACUAUAUUAACCUUAUUAUCAUGCAUGAUUAUUCCUCGCCUAGCUAUCGUCAAAGAGACGUCAGGUUUAAAAUCCAUAUUCUCUGCUACUAGUUUUAUAAGUCUAAUGAGCCUGCUCUUUCAGCUGCAUCUGACUGGAGAAAAUGAUAAUCUUAUUUCUAUAAAUUCAAUUGACAGUAUACGGACUUUGGGCACUGGUUGCGGUGAAUCACAGUGUCUGAUGAGCUAUGGGACUUAA